AUUGACAUGAUCCACUCAAUGUAGGUCGCCGAGGCCACAUGUUGCCGCAUCAUGCCUCUCCUGCCUCAUGAGCGAUGCUCAUAAUCUUGGCUUGUCGCUGCCUGCUCUUUCCCUUUUCUUCAAACACUGCGACAUGCGACUGCAUGUUCCUCAUCUGCCCGUCUUCUGAUUCCCUUCCCCUCCUAUGACUCCUAACAACAGCUUGUUACAUAACCCCAUCAUGAGCUCUCUGGAAACAUACCUGCGCCCUGCGCUGCAAACUGCUCAGGACGCUCUCGUCACCGUCGUCGAUAGCUUCCAGCUUCGCAAAGACGCGCCCUUCUCACCCGACAUCCCCAAGGAGCUUCUCGAAUCUAUGCCUGAUCUGUCCGGCCGUCUUCUCCUGACUUUUCCAUGGACCAAGCCCAGACCUGUAGAUCCCACACAGCACAGUGUCUGGAUUCUGGACAAUACUGCUUACCGCGUUCAACCUGGGCAAGACAAGAAGGUCAACAAGCACAAGGCCGACCCUGUCCUCGAAGCCUCUCCCGAUGAGCCGUUCCCUCCACCACGAUGGGAAGUAGAGUACGUCGCCGCCUACUUCUCGCGCGAGACCUGCCGCGAUGCAUCGCACGUUAUUGCCGACAUUGCUCGCCUGGUUGGUCUCGCCAGAGGGUCAGCGAGUGAAGAAGAGGGUUUGGGCGAACUCAAGGACAAGCUCGACAUUACGCCCAUCAAGAAGCGGUUGGAGCCUUUUCUCAAUCCGAUCCUUCCUCGUCACACCAUCCGCGUCAACAUCGGCGACGUCGAAACACAGACACUGGGACCCUCGACUUCAUCAGGCAUUUCGUCUGAUCUGCUCCGCUUGCAUUUCGAUGCGCCAGCUGGUACACAGCUCACCACCACGGCUGACAUAGACUCGCCGCCUUGUUGGGCUGUUCCUGGUCGCACUGUUCUGGCUGAGCCUACUGGUUGGGGAGUCAUCUCGGACAUUGACGACACGAUCAAGAUCACUGGAACACUUUCGCCCGUCGCUGUACUCAAGUCCACAUUCAUCGAUACGCCGACACCUGUUGCAGGAAUGCCCGAACUUUACACCGACUUGGUCAAGCUCCUAGCUGAUCCCAUCUUCUUCUACCUUUCUGGCUCUCCCUACAACCUGUAUCCAUUUUUGCGCAGCUUCCGCAAGGAGCACUUCCCGGAUGGAACCAUGAUCCUGCGCGAUGCUUCCUGGCAAAAUCUGGGUGGUCUCAUCAGCAGUCUGUCAGUCGACGUCAAGACAUACAAGGUGGACAGGCUUGAGAAGAUGCACACAUGGUUCCCUGAUCGCCAGUUCUUCUGCAUCGGAGAUAGCACUCAGAAAGAUCCAGAGUCCUACGGCGAGAUUGCAAGACGUCAUGCUGGCUGGAUCAAGGCCAUCUAUAUCCGACGCGUGGCAGAUGAGAAUGACAUCCAAGGAGCGCUGGACCCUGACAGAAAUUCGAACAAGCGUUUCGAGACAGCUUUCAAAGGAUUAGAUGAGAAGAUGUGGCUUGUCUUUGACGACGCUGAUGAGGUGAGGAGGGAUGUUCAGUUGUUGACAAGGUGAUCGAUUUGUGGGCGUGCUGUUUGGUGAGGGCUUUUCUUGAUGCGUCUGAAUCAUUAUCGAAUAUGAUUACAACUUCCAAACAAUUCUUACAGGUCCUUCUUACCACCAAGUCCCAGUGUCGUCUUCAUUUCUCAUUUAUUAGAGUAUUCAACC